ACACAUGACCUGUGGUGACCCCAGGCUCCAGACGUGGGUAGCUGUCUACACUCAAAAUUGAUUAAAAAAUCGCGAAAAAACGAAAGAAUUUUGUUCAGCUGAGAACCACAGCUUUUUGACAGGAUGCCCAAAGAAGAUCAAGAGGAGGAGCUUGAGGUCUUGAAGUCGAUCUACGAGUCAGACGAGUGCUUUAAGGAAGUCAACAGCACGACCUUCCAGUAUAGAAUAGGAGAGGAAGGAGAAGGAAUGUCAUUCCUUCUGGAAGUAUCCUGGGGUGAAGACUACCCUGAAGUCACCCCCAACAUGAGUCUGGAUGCCUUCUACAACAAUCACAUACACAGGGAAAUUAAAGAUGAUAUUUUACAAAGACUAGGAGAACAGGCAGAAGAAAACCUGGGCCUUGCCAUGACAUUUACGUUGAUCGAGUGGGCGAAGGAGAACAGGGAGGACCUGAUGGCCAAACAACUACAUAUACUGGAGAAUAAGAGAAUAGAAGGUGAGACUAAGGCCCAGGAGAGUCCAGAGAGACAAGUUGACCAGGGGGGCGGGAAUAAGAAAGAGAAGAAGGAACAGCUCACCAAGGCACAGAAGAGGAGAAUAGCUGAUAGAACAGAUCACAGAGGGGAGAGGCCCAGGGGCUGGGACUGGGUGGAUGUCGUCAAACAUCUCAGCAAAACAGGAGGUGGAAAACAGGACGGCUGAGUGUAAGACGACUUCACAGCAAAACUGUACAUGGAGAAACAACAGGACCUCUUCAUGUGGACAGGAGGAUAUCCUUUCUUCAAGAGUCUUAGCUUUUGUACAGUUAAGACAAAACUAGCCUGGUAGCCAUACCAUAAUUGAGAGCUCCCCAGUAUUUCUAGCCUCUACCAGGCUUUAGGAAGCGGGUGGAAAAAGUAGUAAAAAUUGUCCAAAUAGACAAAUAAAAUAUCAAGGAGGUUGGUCCCCUCAAGAGUACGAUUUGCCAAUUCUCUCAUUAUCAUUAUCUGUCCAUUGGGCCAAUUUCUACUUCUCUUUCUAGCUGGUUCACUAAGCCUGGUAGAGGACGUGGUAUCUCUACAGCACUGGGAAGUGUUGCCCAGGUGAAUUCGCUUGUGUUAGGGAAUUUUUAAGGCAUUUAGUUUCAAAUAUUGCUCUACCCCAAGAGGAUUUGUGAAGAAUGGUUACCAGGCGAAUACAAAACUGUCCACAUAUUCUUUCUUAAAAUCUAACACCACCUGAGAGAUUCUAUAACACAAGGCUUUUUCUCAUGCUCUAUCUGUGUCAUAUUUAUUAUAUAAUCACCAUUAUUUUAUCAAGGAAAGUGCAGUAAUAAUUUUGCUUAUGAGGCAAUGUAAUGACAAUAAUCUUAUAGUGUAGCAUAUUUUGAAUUUCUGAGGCAUGAAAUGUAAAUGAAAUUGGCUGGAGUCUAUCCACUAUUGUGUGCUUCCAGCACAAUUAUGAUCAUGUACCAUUCAGAAUGUGUAUUUAGCACAUACAAAUUUGAUACAUGUACCAAUUGUUCAACUAUUUACUGAACUUGAAUUAUAAUUUUGUUCUUCGCCGUGCAUUCAAAGAUUUUGUAAUGGUAUGGUCACUCCAGGGCUAGCCAAAAUGUGGCCAGGGCCAAUAUACAUGCAUAGGCUAACUUCUCAGCUCCAGGGCUAGCCUGGGUGCCAGACUGUUGCCAGGGCCAGUAUACAGGCGAGCUCCUCAGCUCCAGGGAUAGCCUGGGUGCUAGACUGUUGCCAGAGCCAGUAUACAGGCCAGUUCCAUGACUGCAGGGCUAGCCUGGGUACCAGACUGUUGCCAGGGCUAGCCUGGGUGCCAGACUGUUGCCAGGGCCAGUAUACAGUACAGGCUAGCUCUUCCAAGGCCAACAUGUCCCCAAGGAAAUUCUACCAUAGAUACUCCUGAGCUCUGGGUCCGAGGGGCUGGCCUAUGUACUGGCCCUGGCAACAGUCUGGUAUCCAGGCUACAGGCCCUACAAAAGCAAAAAAAAAAGUAGAGAAAAGCACACUCAAUCAGUGAUCUCAGUGAUUUUAAUUUACAGCAGCGUAAUUUCAACAUGACAUGCGCAAAAUACCAGAAUAGAGAAACAACACCACUUAUUACAGGGGAUCCCAUACACCAAAUAGUUAUUUAAAUGUGAACAAUGAAAAAUACAAGUCUUCCCCACAAUAUAUACCACAUUUCAUUUUCUGUAGUGAAAAAAACAAGAAUAACAUUAAUUUUCCUUUCUUACGGUUAUUUUUUUUAACCUUCUCCCUGAUGCCUAAGCCAGUAACCAAUACAAAUUUGGUGCUAGACAGCUACCUCAGCAGGCUGAAGGUUAAUAAGCCCUGCAUGUGACGCUUAACUUUCGGUGGAGCAAAUUACAAACUGUAUCACAUGUUGGGUAGCAGAAGAAAUAAGUACACCCAGUCCCUGAAUUUGGUAAAUACACAUCCUCUCAAUUUUUCACUUUUAUUUAUUGCAUACAGAAUGUGUGAACCAAAAUGUUGUAUCUAUAAAAAAGGGUUGAGCCAAAAAAUUCUGUUUUGUUUGGUAACUAUUUUGUGGCUACGAUUCAAAUCCUAGCUUACGGUAAUGUACUGUAUUUGGUAUAACACAAUUUUUGGGUGCUGAGUU